AUGGAGGUCCGCAGGGUCGCCAAGGAGGUGCACCUCGUCGCCAAGUCCAUGGAGGAGGUAGCCCAGGAGCUCGCCAAGUUGCUCUCCAAGUACAGCGCCAGCCUGCACCUACAACCGCACGUGGAGCGGCUGUGCGAGGACGGGCGGGUGGUGUUCGGCGACGGCUCCACUAUCCUCGCCGACACCAUCAUCUACUGCACAGGGUUCAAUUACUGUUUCCCUUUCCUGGAUACGGAGGGAGCGGUCACCGUCGACGACAACUGCGUGGGCCCGCUUUUCGAGCAUGUGUUCCCCCCGUCGCUGGCGCCGUCGCUCUCCUUCGUCGGUAUACCCGUAAAGGUAUUUGCGCCUUGGUUCUUUGAGGCUCAGGCGAAAUGGGUGGCGCAGGUGCUGUCCGGCAAGAGGACGCUGCCCCCGGAGGUGGAGAUGAUGCGGUCCGUGGAGGAGUAUUACCGCGCCAGGGAUGCCGCCGGCGCGCCCAAGAAUUACACCCACGACGUCAGCUUGUUUGACACCACGGCACUGACUACUACACACAACCUGCACGACAAUCGGACGCUCUUCAUGGAUGAGUUCGGGAGCAAGUACUGCGACUUCCCUGGCGUGGAGAAAUGGCGUUACGAGCUGCUUGUGUCGUCGUUAGUCAACAUGUUCGAUAACCUCGAGACCUUCCGCGAUGAGUAUCAAGACAGCGACUCCAUCCGCAAGGGUGUGGAGGAGUGGCACUUGUCUGCACAACAGGCCCAAGCUGCUGUUGUUGCUGUUGCACCUGCUGCUACGAAAGAACAAUUACUUGGUCUUCUCGAAAAAGUAGAGUGA